AUUCAUACACCAUAGACCUCUUAUUUCUUUAACCUAGGAACUCAAAAAUCCCCAAGACCAGAUAAACCUACCUCCAUACCCUCUUCAAUCUCAUCCUACCAAUAAUUAUCCGACUCGUGCAUUCCAUGCAAGUUAAACCACCAAAUUAAACACUAAUAUUUUCUCUCUCUUUAACCAUGGAAGCUGAUCUUCUGCAAAACCCUACUAGUACUUCUCUCUUAAACACAGCAACAACAACAACCACUCAGAGUACUUCUCUCUUAAGAGGUUGUCUUGGAAGUCUCGAUGGAGCAUGUAUAGAGAAGCUUCUACUUCACUGUGCAAGUGCCUUGGAAAGCAAUGAUGUCACGUUGGCUCAACAAGUGAUGUGGGUUCUCAACAAUAUUGCUUCUUUAGUUGGUGACCCUAAUCAAAGACUCACUGCUUGGUUCUUGAGGGCUCUUAUUUCUAGGGCUUCUAAGGUUUGUCCAACUCCCACAUCGAUUAAUGACAAUAAUUUUGAUGGUAGCAGCACCAUUAUUCAAAGGAGGCUGAUGACUGUUACUGAACUCGCCGGGUACGUGGAUCUAAUCCCUUGGCAUCGAUUCGGAUUUUGUGCUUCGAAUAGUCUGAUUUUCAAGGCUAUUCAAGGGUUCAAUAAAGUUCAUAUAUUAGAUUUUAGUAUAACUCAUUGUAUGCAAUGGCCUACUCUAAUUGAUGCACUUGCUAAAAGGCCUAAAGGUCCUCCUUCUUUGAGAAUUUCUGUGUCUUCAAUUAGGCCACCAGUCCCUCCUUUGGUUAAUGUGUCUAUUGAAGAAGUUGGUCUCCGGUUAGCGAAUUUCGCUAGGUUUAGAGACGUUCCAUUUGAAUUCAAUGUGAUUGAAAGCAAGGACUUCAUGACUAGCUUUGAUUUUGAAUCAUUGAUGAAUAUUACAUAUCAAGAGGAUGAGGCUUUGGUGAUUAAUUGUCAAAAUUGGAUACGAUAUUUGUCCGACGAGGAUUAUCGGAAUAAUAUUGGUACUAACGAUGUUCCAUUACGCGAUGCUUUCCUUGACAUAAUCAAAGGACUAGACCCUUGUCUUGUAAUUGUGGUUGAUGAAGAUUCUGAUUUGAAUGGACCAAGUCUUGCAUCAAGAAUUACAUCUUGUUUUAAUUAUCUUUGGAUACCAUUUGAUGCACUUGAGACCUUCUUGCCUAAAGAGAGUCGACAAAGGAUUGAAUUCGAGUCCGAUAUUGGUCACAAAAUUGAGAACAUCAUAAGCUAUGAAGGAGGUCAAAGAAUAGAGAGAUUAGAGUCAGGGAUUAAGCUAUCACAGAGGAUUAGGAGCAACGGUUUUUCAAGUGUUCCAUUUUGUGAAGAGACGGUUAAGGAAGUUAAGGGGUUAUUAGAUGAACAUGCAAGUGGGUGGGGAAUGAAGAGAGAAGAAGAUAUGUUGGUGCUCACAUGGAAGGGUCACAACUCAGUUUUUGCAACAGCUUGGGUCCCAAGUCCAUGUGGUUCGUUUGUGGAUUAAGUGGGUUUGGUUAGUGGAUGGGUUUGGUAGGUUGGUGUGGUCCGGGUGAAAGAGAAGAGACAUAGUGGAGUUGCUUUUUCUAAGGCUGCAAAAAAAUGCGGACAAGACAGGAAGAAAAACGGCAACUUCUUUGGACUGACGUUAAAUUGCACAUUUUAUUAAUUUAGGGGCAAAGAGAGGAAUGUACAUAUUUUAUGCAGUGUAUGAGACAAAAUCUUGUAUCACUUUGUUUUUCCCAUCUACUUUGUCAAUUCCCUGUAUAUAAUAAUUGCAUGGUUUCAAACAA